AUGAUAGCAAUGGGACUGGAAGGAAGUGCCAACAAACUAGGUGUGGGGAUAAUGCGCGAUGAUGAGAUACUGGCAAACGAAAGACUCACAUAUGCACCUCCACCUGGUGAGGGAUUCAUUCCGGUGAAAACUGCAGAGCACCACCGCUCCAGAAUUCUGGGCCUCGUUGCCGUGUCCCUAGAGAAGGCUGGAGUAGAUCUUGACGAUGUUGACAUAUUCUGCUACACAAAAGGUCCCGGAAUGGGGCUGCCUUUGUCUGUGGUUGCCACCGUUGCUCGCACACUAAGCCUUUACUGUAACAAGCCCCUUGUUCCCGUAAACCAUUGUAUAGCUCACAUAGAAAUGGGAAGGUUCAUAACUAAAGCAAGCAAUCCCGUCAUCCUGUAUGCUAGUGGUGGAAACACCCAAAUCAUAGCAUACCACAACAGAAGAUACAAAAUUUUCGGGGAGACCCUGGACAUAGCUGUUGGAAACUGCAUAGACAGAUUUGCUAGAGCCCUUAAGCUGCCGAACUUUCCUGCACCCGGGCUUAGUGUAGAGAGAUAUGCAAAACUGGGUAAGAACUACAUAGAGCUCCCCUAUGUUGUAAAGGGGAUGGAUGUCUCGUUCUCCGGGAUUUUAUCGAACAUAAAGAGAAAAAUAGCGGAAGAUGAGCAGGUAAAGCGCGACUUGUGCUACUCCCUCCAGGAAACGGUUUUUUCUGCACUAGUUGAAGUUACAGAAAGAGCGAUGGCAUUUAGCAGCUCUAAGGAGGUUCUGAUUGUUGGUGGUGUUGGAUGUAACCUGAGACUUCAGGAGAUGAUGGGUAUAAUGGCUAGAGAGCGUGGUGGGGUCUGCUAUGCAACAGACGAGAGGUUUUGCAUAGACAAUGGGGUGAUGAUUGCGUAUGUAGGAAUGCUGAUGGCUAAGAGCGGUGCUGCCUUCAAACUGGGCGAGUGUUUUGUUACACAAAGAUACAGGACAGAUUCUGUAGAGGUGACUUGGAGAGAUUAUUAA